UGAAAUAACCACAUGUGUCCUGCUCAGCAACCUGCAAUCUGAACAGCACCUGGAGAGAGAGCUCAUCUCUGCUCCAUUUGCUGGGGAGCCUUGCGUUCUGGGAGAUGUGUUCCCAGGUGCAAAAGGCUGCCUAGGAACCCGUGGUCUGACUCUGCUCUGUGGUCUCUUCAUGAAAUCAGGGUGAUGGACGGCCACAGCCUGGUGCCCUUGCUGCAGGGAGCUGAGGCGCGCUCGGCACAUGAGUUCCUGUUUCAUUACUGUGGGCAGCAUCUCCACGCAGCACGCUGGCACCAGAGGGACAGUGGAAGCGUCUGGAAGGUUCAUUACACCACCCCGCAGUUCCACCCUGAGGGAGCGGGGGCCUGCUACGGCCGAGGCGUCUGUCCAUGCUCCGGGGAGGGCGUGACCCAUCACAGACCCCCUUUGCUCUUUGACCUCUCCAGGGACCCCUCCGAGGCGCGGCCCCUGACCCCCGACUCCGAGCCCCUGUACCACGCCGUGAUAGCAAGGGUGGGUGCGGCGGUGUCGGAGCAUCGGCACACCCUGAGUCCUGUGCCCCAGCAGUUUUCCACGAGCAACAUCCUGUGGAAGCCGUGGCUGCAGCCGUGCUGCGGACAUUUCCCGUUCUGCUCAUGCCACGAGGAUGGGGAUGGCACCCCCCGAAUGCCGGGACUGUGAGAGAGGAUCCAGGAGAGCCUGACUGCGUUGCAAACACAUUUCUCCAAGCUUGGUUCAAUCUUCAGCUUCCCUUUUUGCAAGGAACGUGCCCUGGACUGAGAGUGGGUCCCCAUUUUCUUUCUUUCUUUCUUUCUUUUUGAGACAGAGUGUCACUCUGUCCCCCAGGCUGGAGUGCGAUGGCACGAUCUCUGCUCACUACAACCUCUGCCUGUCGGAUUCAAGCGAUUUUCCUGCCUCAGCCUCCUGAGUACCCGGGAUUACAGGCACCAGGCACCUGCCACCAUGCCUGGCUAAUUUUUGUAGUUUCAGUAGAGACAGGGUUUCACCAUGUUGCCCAGGCUGGUCUCGCACUCCUGACCUCAAGUCAUCCACCUGCCUCAGCCUCCCAAAGUGCUGGGGUUAUAGGCGUGAGCCACUGUGUCCAUCUAGGGUUUCCAUUUUCUGAUUUCUGAAAUAAGACUAUCCCAGCAGGCACCCACUGAUGCCUCCUCUUCCUCCACUAAGUCUCAGGGUUUGUCACUGUGCCAGUGCCCAGUGUUUUCACCCCUGUCUUAAAGCAUUAUUGCCAUUUCAUCAGCUAGAUGACAUAGCAGCCUUACAAACGGACAGGGGAGAGUGUCUGUUCCUACUCUCACAUAGUGGAGGAAAGUUAAAGCCUCUCAGUCUGUUUUUGAGGACUCAUUGAUCUCAAAGGGUUGAUGCAUUUUUCAUACAUUAGGGUCUCUGUCCAUGUGUCUUCCUGAUAUUGUUAUAGAAAUGGCUUCAGGCUGCUGGUAACGGAUGCUGGGAAAAAGGAAUGCAUUAAACAAAGCCAGGCAUGGUGACUAACACCUGUAAUCCCAGCACUUUGGGAGGCCACGGUAGGAGGAUCACUUGAGCCUAGGAGUGAAACACCUACCCAGCCUGAGCAACACAGUGAGACCUCAUCUCUACAAAAAACAAUUAAAUAACUAGCUAGAUGUCAUGGCCCAUAGCUGUAGUCUCAGCUACUUAGGAGAGUGAGGUGGGAGGAUUAUUUGAGCCUGGGAUGUUGAAACUGCAGUGAGCUAUGAUUGCACUACUGCACACCAGGCUGGGGGACAGAGGAAGACCCUGCCUUAAAAACAAACAAAAAGCCUUAAAGAAAAGAACAAGAAAAGGGUGUGUUCUCUUCCAAGUAGUGAGCCGAUCAAGGGGAAGCACCCAAGGCUAGCAGGCUCUUUUCAACUCCCAGCUCUGCCACUCUUAGCUUGGCAGAGAGUUAGCCUCAUUAUGUCAGCAUGGCUGCCACAGUGCCAGACAUCACAUUCCAGGCAGCAGGAAGGAGAAAGAACCACACAGGGCAUCCCUUCCUCCGGAAGCAGUCCCUGUGAGGGGGGGUUAUCUGGAAGCCCCAACCCAAUUUCUGCUUCCAGCCAUUAUCCAUAGAAACAAGUGGAAGUUGAGAAGUGCAGUCUUUUAGGUGGGCACCUGGCUGCCCUGUAUGAAACCAGAAUUAGGUUGGUCAGCGGGAAAACAAGAAAACACUGAGUUGACUGAGGUUUUUGAUGCAUCGCUUUAUUGUCAAACGACGCUAUCUCAUUCUGCACUGAAACACGCACUACCAUUGCCUAUAAUUGGCAAAUGAUCCUCAGAUGCACAGAAGAUGCCCAGAUGGAAAGUUUGCCUCGGGCCAAGAGACAGCCGUGGGAACCUUCAGACCUACAGAGAGAGAAGGAAGCGCUUCUUCCCACAUUCCUCGAAUAGCUACGAUUUGACCAGUGUGUUUUCUAAGUCGGUUCUAGUGUGUUUCAUCGUCACCUCUUCCCUCUGUGGCUUUGAUAGAAGCGUAGUCCUAACCCACGGCACAGCCGGGACCCCUGCCCCCAGAUCCCAAUACUGGGGAUGGGAGGACCUCGCACUCUUCCCCUGAGUCCGUCUAUCGAGGUCUUUGCAGGAAGCAUACUGGGAAUUGAAAUGAGAGACUAAAUGACAUCUAAGAAAGGCAGUGUUCAAUCCCAGGUAUUAGGUGAGGAUGGGAUUCUAGGGACGUCAGUGGGAGGCAGGGAGCCACCUUCAGACCUCGGCAUGGAAGCUUGCAAAAUCCAGAGGAAGAGGCAACGGGCUGUCCACAGCAGUGAGGGUCACGGGUAGAAGAAUCAUCACAGCCCUGCUAACCAGGCAGCUGAUGCCCCUCUCUCCCCUGGCUGGCUGUGUCCGAACCCUACAGGGGCAUCUGUUGGCUGAACUCAACCUGAAGCCAAAGAGAAGAUGAGUGGAGAGAGGCAACAUUUAUAGAGUUCAGGUUUCUAAGGCUGGAGAGGGAUCUGGAGGGACACACAGGAGACACCUGGAAUAACCAAAAAAUGAUAAAAAAAAAAAAAAAAGAAACAUCUAUGGAGCAUGGGACACGGGGGGUUGGAGGCAGCUAAAAGCCAUCUCAUCUUUCACUGUAUUCAACAAGCACAUUAUAACAAGCCUUUCACACUCAACCAUUCAAAUGAUCCCAGCCUAAGAAUUUCCUGGCAUUUGAUGAAAAUGGCUGUGGGUUUUGCUAUCUUCAAGCUCCCUGGGAAGCAGGAUAUAAGCCCAGGGCUGGCGGGCUCUUUUUGGCUACCUGCUCUUGCAUGUAGAGUUUGCCUCAUGGUCGCAAGAAGGCUGCCAUAGCUCCAGAUGGCACGCAGACAUUCCAGACAGCAGGAAAAAGGAAGGAGCAGUUAACUGAAGGACGUCAGGGAGUUGGUUAGUCUCCACCUGAAGAAGGCAGCCAUGAGCCAGCUUCCCUUGACUAAUGGGCUCCUGUGUGUGCAUCUUUGGACUUUUCUGUAGGUUGAAAUCUAGACACAGUAUGUGUCUUAAAGCAGUCACCAACUCCUCCCAUUACCUUCCAAGUGAGCCCAACUACAGGAUGGAGCCUCUUCCCUGCCCUUGGAUCUGGGCUGAGCCUCUGACUUGCGUUGACCAACAGAAUGCAGUGUAAGUGAUGCCGAUACUACCCUUCCUGCCCUAGACUUGGGAUACCUGGCAGCUAUAUUCUUCCAUUCCUUAGGACUUGCAAAAACGGGUCUCAACAUGCCUUCCCAGAGCCAUGAGGUGUUUCUUUGCCCAUUCAUUGGUCUGAGAAGUGAAUGGAAGGAGUUUAAAUCAACCUCUGUUCUGUGCUAGUUAAGGUAAUAAAGUUGCUGCGGUCCAGGGGGCAGGUACCUGUGGAUGACUCUGCGAAUAGGACACUCGCGUUUCUUGGGAAUCAAGUGCAUCCCUAGGCUGGCAGUGCAGCAGAACUACUGAAUAAAAUAUGACAAAUCUCCCUGGA